GGCGGCGGUAGGAAGGCGCAGGCGCGGUUGGCGGCCGGCAGAGCGCGGAGUAGUGGCGCGGGGCGCGCGUGAAUCAUCAUCCAAGGACCUACCAGAGACCACAAGAAAACAUGGGGAGAAUUUUCCUCACAGGAGAAAAAGCCAAUUCAGUAUUAAAACGCUACCCAAGAGCUAAUGGACUUUUUGAAGAGAUAAGGCAGGGCAAUAUUGAACGUGAAUGCAAAGAAGAAGUCUGCACAUUUGAAGAAGCAAGAGAAGCUUUUGAAAAUAAUGAAAAAACUAAGGAGUUUUGGAACACUUACACAAAAGCACAACAAGGAGAGAGUAACAGAGGAAGUGACUGGUUUCAGUUUUACCUUACCUUUCCAUUAAUCUUUGGCCUCUUCAUUAUCCUCCUUGUCAUUUUCCUCAUCUGGAGAUGCUUCCUAAGAAACAAAACUCGCAGACAGACGGUGACUGAAGGCCAUAUUCCUUUCCCUCAGCACCUCAAUAUUAUCACUCCGCCUCCCCCACCAGAUGAAGUCUUUGAUAGCAGCGGAUUGUCGCCAGGCUUUCUGGAAUAUGUAGUUGGGCGCUCAGAUUCCGUCUCCACUCGCCUGUCCAACUGCGAUCCCCCACCGACCUACGAGGAAGCCACUGGUCAGGUGAACCUGCGGAGGAGUGAAACAGAACCUCAUUUAGAUCCACCCCCGGAGUAUGAGGACAUCAUCAACUCCAACUCAGCCAGUGCCAUUGCUAUGGUGCCUGUGGUCACCACCAUCAAAUGAAACUGCACACUUCUUUUUAUUAUAAUCAUUUUUAAAAUACUAAUGAAAGAACUUUCUAGCACUUUACCACUACAUAAAUGUGCAUUUGACUUAUUGGAUUCUGACAGCAUACCACUUCACAUCCUCUGAUUUGAUUUUCAUUAGUUUUGUUUCCUACCAUAAAUUCAUUAUCCAUGCUCAUUUUUGCUAAUGGAAAUAUGUUGAGGGAAAAAUACUAGUGGAGGUCUUCAUGUGAGGAGAUGUACAUGUGUGUACACAUAUAUGUUUAUGUAUAUAUGUACAUGCACAUAUAUGUGUUUGUACAUCAGCCCAGUAUAUGGGCAACUGUCUUAAAAAGUCAUUAACAUCUACCUAAAUCACCUGUAAAGUUAGAACAUUACUCACCAAAAUCGGGGUGGGGGAGAAGGCACCAACAAGUUGUGUAACAGGUAGCAACAUGUUGUUGAAUUUUGAAAAUAAGAUGAACUUUUAGCAUGUUUUCUAAUUCUUACAGGCUUUUGUUAACCUUCUUCAACUACCUUAAAAGGAAAAAAAAAAUGCAUGUAGUCAAUCUUGACUUUAGGAACAUCUCAGAAGGCGACAGAGAAGGAAGGCACAAUAAACAAUACCUUGCUUAUUAACAGUGGACAGCAAGAAAAUCAUGGGUCCUUAGUGGCAUUUGGCUGGUUUCGUAGGAGGGAUUUUUGUUGCUGUUAUUGACUGCCUCCCUUGCAAAAAUUAAACAGUAUUUGCUCAGUAUCUUUGCAUGUCUCAUGCUAUUUGUAUUAACAUCUUGAUGGAGUGGAUUUCCUGGCAAAAGAAUAAUUUCUCAAGUAGAUACACGUAUUAAUGACAGGGAACAGAUGCAGAUUUCUCCUUUGCCCAUUGGCGACAGUAUUUUUUUCUCGUUGUUUCAUUGCCCUUUACUCUACUCCUUCUCCUACCACCACAGAAUCUUCAAGCACCUAAGAAUUUAGUUAAAAUUCCUGAAAUUAUUUUCUUAAUGUUUUUAUAUAGAGUGAAGCCUUUGUCUCAAGAUGAUUAGGAGGCAAUUUUCCAUUAAAUUAAGAACUGUGAUUUUUAUAUUGUUCUCCAGUUGGUGGAGGAAGAUUGCAAAGUCUGUGCUGUGCCAGGUGCACAAUAAAUCUAGUUAUGCCUGCACACAGACCUCAUUGUUGCUAUUUCAUUUUGUAUUUUCAUCAGAUUUUUUUUUUAACUUCAGGAUUUUUACUUUUCCCUUGGAGCAGGGGGAACAGGCUGUGAAUGAACUGCCAACAUAAACUGGCUCAGAAAGGAAAAAUAAAAGUUAUACAUGCACUGAUGGAAAAUUCAUUAUAUCGGUCAGGGAAAUGUCUGUGCCACUCCCAUGACUGCGUAGUGUUGGAUAAAAUGGUUGAGCAGGCAGAAGGAAUGCAGGUUUCGGAAGUGUCAUACCCUGCUGCCUCCAUCUCCAGCCCACCCAGACUCCCCCAAACCAAAGGAAGGAGGACCCUGAACUAAGGAGUCAGAUGACCUGAAUUCGAAUUCCGCUCUGCCAUACACUUGCCAGGCUACCUUGGCAAAGACCCACAUCUGACCCUCAAAUUCCUCCCCUCUGAAACAGCAAUAGUAUGGUGUGCCCUGCCUUUCUCCUGGGGCUUUAAAAGUAUCUAAUGAGAUGGUGUGCCUGAAAGUCAUUUGUAAGACGUGAAGAGCUCUCUAGGUGAAAGGUCAUAGCAUUGUUCCCAUUGCUCCUAUGAAGGGAGAAUUUUCUCCCGGUUUCCCUAAAAUGUAUCUGAGUUUUCACAUAGUGAGGAAGUAGAGUAGGCGGCUCCAUAAAUGGCUAACGUGCUCCUAAUCUGAGUGUGUGGGCUCUUAGUUAAACACCUGUCAUUCUCUGGUCUCUACCAAUGCUGGGUCUACUUAAUGACGACUGCCAGCUCAGCACAAACAGGAUUAAGCAAACGUUGGAAAGGGAACUAAGAUGUCUAUGUUUAGAUAAUAGGUUUUAUAGCUUUCAUGGACUAAAAAUGAAUAAAUCUUGAACCUGGUCUCAGCAGAAAUGACAAUAUUAUUUUGAAUUUGGUCAUGAGUACAUGGUGAUCUGUGGCUUCUAUUUAAAGCUGAGAGUGGGAGUGUUUGAGCCAGUGAUUUGUGUGCAUGUGUGUAGGUAUGUAUUUUGGUUUAUUUUUAAAGCAAAAGUAAGGCUUCUUUUGUGUGGACUUCUUUUUUGUCAUUAAUAACAGGCCUUAGAUUAAACCAGCAGUUUCAAAGUGUGGCCAAUGAACCCCUGGGUGUCCUUGAGAACCUUUGAGGGCAUCUGUGGGAUCAAAAGUAUUCUCAUAAUAAUAACCAAGACAUUAGUUGUCUUUCCACUCUCUCUCUCUCAAAAAGUAGUUAAAAAUGUAAAAGCCAUCUUCCCAUGAAUUUUUUUUUGUUUUAGAAAAUAUAACUAUUUUCUUUAAAGUGUUAUUUAUGUU